CAUCUCACUCGCUCAAGCUACUCUCCUCUCCAGAACCUCACUCUUUCUCUCUAGAAAUAGCAGAAGCCUCGCCUUUUGCAUUCCUUUCUCUACUUCUUCUGCUUCUGCUGCUGCUCCUUCUCUUCCUUCUGAUAAGCUUCACCGCAACAAAUGGAGGUCACUGGUGGCCUCCGUGCUCGAACUUGGCGGAGUCAGGAUUGGUCGAGAAGAAUUUUGAUGAUGUCUUGGUUCCUGCUGAUCAUGAGAUGUAUACCGCAGGGAUUCCAUAGACUCGACUCAUUACCCUGUGUUUCAUCAGGUGCUGUGGAAAUGCACUGGAUUGAUACUUAUUUUCCAUUUUCCAAUCCAUCAUUUGAACUUGAGAUAUAUUUUCAGGAGAAAUGGUUGGAGGUUCUGGGUUGUGGUGUGACAGAGCAAGAAAUAUUAAAGAGAAGUGGCAAAACGAAUAAUGUUGCCUGGGCAUUUGGUCUUGGAUUAGAGCGGUUAGCAAUGGUUCUUUUCGACAUACCAGAUAUUCGGCUUUUCUGGUCAAACGGUGAGCGAUUCACCUCACAGUUUUCCAAGGGUCACCUGGGUGUCAAAUUCAAGCCAUUUUCAAAGUAUCCUCCUUGUUACAAAGAUAUAAGUUUUUGGAUCAAUGAAUCAUUCACUGAAAACAACUUAUGUGAAGUUGUGAGAGGAAUUGCCGGAGAUCUUGCUGAGGAGGUGCUACUGAUAGACAAUUUCACCAACAAGAAGGGAAUGACCAGUCAUUGUUAUAGGAUUGCAUAUCGAUCGAUGGAGCAUUCACUCACAGAUGAUGAAAUUAAUGAGUUGCAGUGGAAUGUAAGACAGCAGGUACAGCAAGUUGAAUGUUGUUCUUCGAUGAGGGUUUCUGGUGCAGUCCGCUACUUAUUUCAUUUCAAAGUCAGUAAAGACAGGGAAAAGCACCCCCAAGAUUGAAGGGGACAGAAAAUUUCUGAUCGAUAAGUUGAUCGAACAGUUGUGUCCUGUAGUAUCUUUGAUCUUUAUGGUUCUAUACGCUCUUUGAUGAGUUUGAUAGCAAUCACAUAUUCCAAGAAAAAGCACUAGUCCAAAUUUUACUACAGGAGAUUUUGCAUGACCUCUAUAAACUUCAAUGCAAGGUUGCAAAUUUGUGUUAAUGAACCAACACGGUCGUAGUAAUUUCCUAACUUUUAACUGGAUAUGGGGUUUACUAAUCUGUAGCUCAGAUCAGACUGAUUUUAGGCUUGAUAGUAUGAGCUAUGGAUUUCUGACUUUUGUUAUUAAACUGGGUCUGAUUACAUUAUGUAUCAUGUGCCUUAAUACAUUUGAAUCCGUACAUUCCAGAUAUUGGCUACCAUGAAGAUUUCACUUGUGAUAUUAUGCCUUGGACAAUAGAUACUGUAAGAAAUUGAUUUAAUAAUUGGGGUUGACGUGAUAAUAAUAUAUGGAAAUUUUGGUCA